AUGAAGGGCUCAGACGCACUGGGCUACAGCUUGGCUGUGGCCGCGGCCUUCUUGAGCACCUCGUCAGCCCUCCCGCCGCAGUAUCUUAGGCAAAUGCGGAACCCGGGGCUCGAAGGUCGUCCCGGAACAGAGUUUGCUCCGGUCAACGGCGACGGCCGCGGUGGGCCAUUGGGCCCUCCGGUGGGCGCCCGGUUCAGCACUCCAGAGGCCCAGUCUGCAGAGUAUCCCACCGAGAAACGACCGGACCAGGAAAUGUCUGCGGCAGAACCAAACGCUCCAGCUGUUACCACGGCUUUUGUUAGCCCAACACCCCCACCAGGAGAGCCUGCGCCUAAACCUGCACCUGAGCAGCCAGCCCCCAAUCCUGCACCUGAACAACCGUCUCCCAAGCCUAAACCCGAACAGCCGGCACCCAAGCCAGCACCUCAACAACCAACACCCCAGCCGGCACCCCAGCCGGCACCCCAGCCUGCACCCAAAGAGCCCCAGCCGGCACCCAAGCCUGCACCUGAACAACCGUCUCCCAAGCCUAAACCUGAACAACCAACACCCCAGCCGGCUCCUAAAGAGCCCCAGCCUGCACCCCAGCCUGCACCCAAAGAGCCUGUACCCAAGCCUGCACCCGCACCACCAGCAUCUGCCGAGUCCGGCAAGGGUAGCGUCGAUCCAAUGGCAUGCUCCAAGAUCCAGCCCGAAGUGGAAAAGUUCCUCAAAGAGCACCCCAAGGAGCAAGCCCGCGUCCCAGCCAAGAUGGCCUACGACUGCCUGCAGUCGGUUCCCAACAAGGUAGGACCGGCUUCAGAGAUGAUCCGUAGCCUCAAGGCCUUUGUCGGCUGGCAGAGCACGCUGGCCUUCCUCAAGGCGCCGCCGCGUGACUAUAUGCUCCCGCCCACUGACAUCUUGGGUGGGCUGGACGACAUCGCGGACUCGGCGCAGAAGGGCCAGUACAAGAGCGAGUACGAGUUCCAGACGGCCAUCGUUGAGCACCUGGUCACUGCACACGAUGGACACUUCAGCUACAGGCCCGAUAUGUUCAAGGCUUUCACCUUCAGGAACAGGCUCAUCGCAAAGGUUGCCUCAGUUUCCGUCGAUGGUGCUGCUCUGCCAAAGCUGUAUCACAUGGAGCCCCUUUUGAAAAGCAUCAACAACAGAACAGGCACAGCUAAAAAGGGCUUCCCGCCAGCAAUCGUCAAGAUCAACGGCCAAAACGCCGCGACCCUCCUCGAAGAGCUGAACCUCAAGUACUCGUCUUUCCAAGAUCCAGACUCGCAGUGGAACUCACAGCUGCCAUCGUAUGCCUCCCCCGACGCCGCGCCGGUCCUGGCCGCCUCGCGCGUAUACCAGGGCGAGAAGGUGACGGUGACGUACGAGGACGGCAGCGAAAAGUCCGAGGAGAGCUUCGCGCUGCUGCGCCAAGGCGUGAACUUUAGAGGCGUCAAGACGGGCGAGGACUUUUACAUCAAGUUUUGCUCGCCCAACUCGGUGCUCUCGUCGCCUGAAAACAUCUCGUUCCAGAUCCAAAAGACAAACUCGAGCACCAACGGGACGUCGCCCUCCACCAAGAAGAAGCCCAAGGUCCAGCCCUUCAUCCAGGGGUACCCCUGGCCCGUCAUCAGGGACGACGGCGGCAACAUCACCCACGGCUACUUCCUCAACGGCACGGGCUACGACAAGGUUGCGGUCCUUGCGAUCAAUGCGUUCGCGCCAGAUGACGAUGUGCAGGGAAGCGCUUACGUCAAGAACUACCAGGAGGUCGUUGCAGACUUUUUGGUCAAGUGCAAGGAUGAGGGUAAGAACAAGCUCGUCGUUGACUUGACUGGCAACGGAGGCGGGUUCGUCGUAGCGGGCUAUGAGCUCUUUGCACAGCUCUUCCCCGAUGUCAAGCCGUUCCAGGCCAACAACCUGCGCCUCACCGACUCUCUCAUCGACAUGGCACGCGUCAGCAACAACGUCCUCAACACCCCCAACGCCACCCAGCGGUUCAAAGCUAGCAACGAGCGCGCCGCGCUCUCGGUGCUGCAGAACUCGGAAGUCACCUUCAACCUGAUGCCCGGUUUCGUCUAUACGCCCGAGGGCCAAAACAUGACGACUGAGGACCAGAUCCUGGCACCGGUCCAGAUCAAGGGCGACAAGUUCACGGCAUAUCAGUCCACGCCCUACAACGAGACGUCUGCCGACUUCAACCUGACAGGCACGGGCAGCCGCUCCCCUUCCCCGGCGCCCGUCUUCAAGCCCGAAGACGUCGUGAUCCUGACCGACGGCACCUGCGGCAGCACCUGCACGCUCUUCUCGUACCUGGCCAUCAAGCAGGCCAACGUGCGCACCACCGUCAUCGGCGGCCGUCCCCAGGUCGGCAGGAUGCAGUCCAUCGCCGGCGUGGAGGGCUCGCAGGUCUUCGCCAUGGAAUCCCUGGCCGCUGGCGCACGGGCGGUGAUGACGCUCGCGCCCAGGGCGCGGGCGCGCGAGUUCCGCAGCGGCGAGAUUGGCAUCCUGGCUUCGGGGUACGCGCUGACCCGUGCGGCGACUCCCGGGACCGCAGGCAGCGUCAACGGCAAGAACGCCUUCUCCAUGGACAACGCGCAGCUGCCGCUGCAGUUCCUGUACCAGCCCGCCAACUGCCGCGUCUUCCACACGCGCGAGACCAUCAUGAGCCCCGCCGAGACGUGGAAGCGCGUCGUCGACGCCACCUGGUCUGACCCGGACAGGUUCUGCGUCGAGGACAGCCAGGUCAGCCUCAAUGAGACGGACGGCAGCAGCAGGAGGAAGGAGGAUCCGCUCUUCAGGCUCGGCACCGCCGGCGUCGCGAGGGCGGGCGGCGCCCCGAGUCUGCUGGCUGUCGUGACUACCGCGGUCAGUGUGCUGCUGGGUCUCGCAUUUGUAUGA